UCUCGCUCCAGAUGCAAAAUUUGUCACCAUUUACGGCAGCACAGAACAGAAAUUCAUUUCUCCUCCUCCUCCUCCUCCUCCUCCUCUCUCUGUCUCUCAUGGCGUUCUCUGCAACAGCCCAUUGCCCGUCUCUUCUCCGUAUUCCAAAGGCGUCGAGCUCCUUGCCCCAACCUUCUGCUUUGGUAUCUUUUCGACCCUCCCAUGCAAAUAUCAAUCUCAGAAAACGCCUCUGUAUUCGAUCGAGUUCCGCUGCAGCUGCACCAACAUCUGGGGGGGUUGCUCCUGCAGUUUCGUUGACAGACGAUGCAAUGAAGCACUUGAAUAAAAUGAGAUCUGAAAGAAAUGAAGAUUUAUGUUUAAGAAUUGGUGUUAAACAAGGUGGGUGUUCCGGCAUGUCAUACACAAUGGAGUUUGAGAAAAGAGCUAACGCAAGACCAGAUGAUUCCAUAAUCGAAUACAAUGGUUUUGUGAUGGUGUGUGAUCCGAAGAGCCUGCUGUUCUUAUAUGGGAUGCAAUUGGACUUCAGUGACGCACUCAUUGGUGGAGGCUUCUCCUUCAAGAACCCAAAUGCUACCCAAACUUGUGGUUGUGGUAAAUCCUUUGCCGCCGAGAUGUGAAACCAAAGUAAUAAACUCCACAUUUGAAACAUGAAGAGUUUAUGUACUUAAAAAGAAAAAUUAUUAUUAUUAUUAUUAUUAUUAUUAUUUACAAAAAGGGACAAUGGGAGCAUCGGUUGUUUAUUACAUGUACCAUAAAUAAAACUCUGAAAUUUUUUCA